UUUAGGGAUGCCAGGGGGAAAGAAGGUGGUCCCGAGUGGCAGCGGCGGUGCCUCCCCGAACGCAGCCGCUGCUGCCGCCGCCGCCCACCCUGGCAUUAAACGUUUGGAGACCAGCGAAGGGGCCUCAGCACAGAGAGACGAGGAACCGGAGGAGGAAGGGGAAGAGGACCUACGAGAUGGAGGCGUCCCCUUCUUCAUCAACCGAGGUGGACUGCCCGUGGACGAGGCUACCUGGGAAAGGAUGUGGAAGCACGUGGCCAAGAUCCACCCGGACGGAGAGAAGGUGGCUCUGCGGAUCCGUGGGGCCACAGACCUGCCCAAGAUUCCCAUACCAAGUGUGCCUACUUUCCAGCCGACGACGCCCAUCCCUGAGCGCCUGGAAGCCGUGCAGCGCUACAUCAGGGAGCUGCAGUACAAUCACACAGGGACACAGUUCUUUGAAAUUAAGAAGAGCAGACCUCUGACAGGGCUGAUGGACCUAGCCAAGGAAAUGACCAAAGAGGCUCUGCCAAUCAAAUGCCUGGAAGCUGUGAUCCUGGGAAUUUACCUCACCAACAGCAUGCCCACCCUGGAACGCUUCCCCAUCAGCUUCAAGACCUAUUUCUCAGGGAACUACUUCCGCCACAUUGUGCUGGGGGUGAACUUUGGGGGCCGCUAUGGGGCCCUGGGCAUGAGCCGGAGGGAGGACCUGAUGUACAAGCCUCCGGCCUUCCGCACCCUCAGUGAGCUCGUGCUGGAUUACGAGGCGGCCUACAGCCGCUGCUGGCAUGUGCUGAAGAAGGUAAAGCUGGGUCAGUGCGUGUCCCACGACCCCCACAGUGUGGAACAGAUCGAAUGGAAGCACUCGGUGCUGGACGUGGAGAGGCUGGGGCGGGAGGACUUCCGCAAGGAGCUGGAGCGCCAUGCUCGAGACAUGCGUCUCAAGAUUGGCAAGGGGACAGGCCCUCCUUCUCCCACAAAGGACCGAAAGAAGGACGUUUCCUCUCCACAGAGGGCCCAGUCCAGCCCCCACCGCAGAAACAGCCGCAGUGAAAGACAGCCUUCAGGGGAGAAGAAGCCUGCAGAGCCCAAAGCCAUGCCAGACCUCAAUGGGUACCAGAUCCGAGUGUGAGGCGGAUGCCAGCACUCCUACGCUUUCCUCUGCUUCUGGAGACUCAGACCCACCUGCACAAAAUAAUCUACUUUGUUCAAGCAGAGAUUGGUGAUGGGGUGGGCUGCGGGUGGGAGGGAAGAAGGAUGUGUUGCAGUUCAACCCCUAGUGACUUCCCCUCCCAUGGAGCCAAGCCCCUAACUUUGGGCCAAGAAGCAGUAUUUUAUUUGGAAUUUUAGCCCUACAAAGUAAAAUUUAAGGUAUUUGGAGGGAAAGGCAAAUGGGCAUGCUGAUAGCUGUCAAGGCCUGCAAUCUCUGAGCACUGUGUGGCUUGGGGAGGAGGGCUUGCUGUUUCUGUGGUGCCCCUUCUUUGGGAGCCUCGCCAGCCUGUGGGGUGAGGGUGGGGUGGGGUAAGGAUGGAGGUGUUUCUCCGGCUGGGCCUAUCCUGGCAGAAUUACGGCCCAGGGAAAGGGAAGCAGGGUAGGGGUUCUCCUGAGAAAGGACUGCUUAUUUCUCAAAUCGGGAACUUGGCAAACGUGGAAGCCUGUGGCUAGGAGAGCCCUCAGGUCAGUGUGACUCUUUAGACAGUACUGUGCACCCCUACACACAUCCUCACUAUAGCCAGUUUGGGAUUAGGCUAUGGGAAAACCAGGAAAGGGACUAUAGUGGGAAGAGUUCCUGGCCCCUAGCAUGUCUGCUGGUUCCACCGACUACUGCUGCAGCCCAGGGGCUCACUAUAAAAGGGCUGGGCUUUGUAGAGGGCCCAGAGUCGCACUGGGGAUACUACAACCUUGAGAAACUGGAAACUGGCUGGGCCCUGGCUAGUUGAGUGGGCCCCUCUAGUUGUGUGAGAUGGGGCUCUUCUCCCCCCUUCUGAUAACCUCAGCCCUUGCUGGGGAAACAAGACCAGACCAGGACGCCUAUACCCCAGGCCCACCUUUCCUGCCUUAGCUGCCCAUUUAAGCAAUUUUAGCAGUUCAUUGGAGCAAUGGCAGGAAAUAGCAGAGGUUGUCUGUGUUCUGGCCCUCAGGCAUAUAUCCCUGGUAGGAAAGGGAGGUGUGGAGAGGGGCUGUGGGGGCUAGAAGAGGAGAGACAUCCCUGGAGUUGGGAGUGUAAGUGAGAAGGACUGUGGGAGGCAGUUCUGGAUGAGGCUACAUGGGACCUGAGUUCCCUGCAGCACAGAUGGCGUUUGUCAGGUUGCUGGAGGCUUCAAGUGACAAGAGAACAGCUGGCUGAGGUGACCAUUAGGGGGCUUUACUGAGAGGUAGAGGCAGCCUGGGCAGUUGCCAAUAAGGCUGCAACGAGCUGAGGGCUUGGAUAAGAGAGACUGAACUAGGGACUCAAAUGCCUACGGGGCCAGCAGGUAACACAGAAGAGGGCUGGGUGGGUCCUACAAAAGAGCAUAUCCCAGUAAAGUGGGCUGCUGCCAUUCUACUGUUCCCACAGUGCAGGCCCUAAGGGGUAGUUUUUUUGGUUUGUUUUGUUUUUAAUUUUUUUAAGGCCAGGACUCUGAAUUAAUACAUGAAUUAAAAAUUUUAAAAGUCAACAAUCAGUUCAAGAAAUUCUCACCAUAGGUGAGAGAGUACCAGUCUGCAGUGUCUGGGGUAGAGAGAGCUUGGGCUGGUUGUGAGGAGCCUCCUGUUGUGCUGUAGGUGGAAAAUGACGGUUUUAAGUUUCCCAAAGGCAGAAAGGGCCACUUCCUUACCCCAUCCUAUAGGCAGAGAUCAUGUUUGUGGUUGUUGGGUCACCAGAGUAGGGAGAGUGGGGUAGAGUGGUAAAGCUCUUGCCUGCCUGGAAUGGAUGGUGGCUGGAAGUAAAGGAACAGGAGGAGGGAUGCCCUUGCUGAUGACAUGAGCAAGGCUAGCUUGCUCAUUACACCAGAAGCUCCUGGGCCCAGAGCCAGGUGCAGUAAGGCCCAGCACAGGCACCACGGGAGGCCAGCUGUUUAGUCCCUGUCUCACCUGGUUCCUCUAAUGCAUAGCCCUGCCCCUAGGCUACACCCCUGGCCAGACACUAUUUGAUCCAUCCCAGAGUUCAUGGAGUAGGGGCGGUUAGUCCCACUGUUCCCAUGCCCACCUUAAGAGGUGCAAGGCUGGACAAGAUCUUUUCUGGAUCUAAAUGUGGCUGUUUAUCCUUAGAAGGGCAGCCCUAUAUGUCUCUAGGAACUUCCAGAUAUGACAAACUAUGGGAGAAAGGGGUGUGAGGAAAGCUGGAGUUGGGUAUAUCUGGAGAACAGCUCCAGGUCCCAGAGCCUGAGGGACAUUCAGGCCGGUUACUUCCCCUGAGGCUCAGGAAAGGUUGCUGUUUGAACCCUGACUUGUUCAGGGCGUGGGGGUGAGCAGCUGUGACCCCCUGCUAUUCACCUCUUCCCAAGCUAAGGACGUCUGGCCUGUGGACAGUCCUAGGCCACAGUGGUGCUUUUUAUUUUUUACUCUUUCUCAUAUGUAGCAAGCCAUCCUCCCCUCUGCAGCCGUCUAUGCAGGCUGUGCUCUCUGGGGCUGGCCUGGUUGUAUGGUUUCUGGGGAGGCAGAGGCAGGGACUUUGAGGCCUUAGUCACCAUCCAUGCUGUCACUUCAUCUCAUUUCCUGCGAGGGACAGAGGUCUGGCAGAUGUGAACUCCAGACCACCUGACUUAGGCCUGCCUUUCAGCUUCUCUGCCCUACCUUUGGGGGCUGCUGGCUGAAGAGGGUCAGAGGCAGCUUCUUGGUGGUGGCCUUGGGUAGAAUUCCCUGUGCUUUGGGGUUGGGUCAGAACAUUGGGAAGCUGGCUUCAGAGAACUUUCCUCUCCAUCCAGCUGCCUGCCAGCCCUUUCCCUCCACAGCCUCACAUUUCCUUGUUCCCUUGACCCCUCCUGCCAGCCACCAGUCCUUAGUGGGCAUAGCCAAGUGGGCAGAGCAGCAGCCCUCUGGCCCCAGACUUGAUGAUGAAGCCUAGAGACCAGGUACUGAGGAGCAGACUCAGGAAAUUGCCUAUGGCUGAUGUCUAGUCUUGUCUUAUCAUGCCCCGACCCCUUUCCAGCUGGGAUGAGUUCCUGGCUCUGGGGUGUUAGGUCUAAUGAUAGCUGUGCAGUGCCCCGGUCUGUGUGUGUGUAUACCUGGCCUUCCUGCCUGGAGUGAAUUCUGGCUUGGAACAUCACUGCCCCACAUGCUGUCAGGGGUGAUAAGUGUGCAACGACGUGCAGUGGGGACCAGCAAGCUAGAGGUGUACAGGGCAAGGAUAUCUGAAGGAGUGUAGGUGGGAGCUAAGGAUUCACCCAGCCAGGAACCACAGCUUCCCACCAGUGUCUCCAGGCAGGUGGGGUUACCACCAUCUAGCUGCAAGUUCUUUGCUAGGGCCCUCUCCAGCUCGGUGCUUUGGGGUCCCAAGCUUCCUUGUUAAUUUAAGUCUGGGUACACUGGACCCCUGGGACAGUGAUGAUGGACCACCCAUUCUCUAUGCUUUGUACGGCUGUUGUAUUAUGUCCCAAAAUUCAUUACUAUUCCUGUGUUCGUAUCAGUAUUACCCCUGCCUUUCACUGAACAUUUUGUCUCACUCCCCUGAAAAUGAAUAAAGUCUUCCCAGCCCCAGUUGUAUGGGCUGGCAGAAGUCAAAUGAAA